UGUUUUUUUGUUUGUUUGUUUGUUUUUCUCAAUUUAUCCUGAAUAUGCAGUUCACAUCAUGCAUUCUCCUCAUGAACAUGAAUGUCAUGGCGAUAUUGAGCUUAAAUUAUUUAGUUUUUUUGGUGAAUUGUGGUUGUACAGAAUACAUCCAGAAUAAAUAAAACAACAUCAAUAAAUAAUAAUUGAAAAAAUAAAUCAAGAAUUUGUAGCGCUUUUUCUGAAGUACAGUAUAAAGAGAAAAUAUGCACCUGUUUGGAUCAUUAAUUCAGCAAUGAUAGAAGCCUCAACGUGUCUCUUAAUUUGGCAAUCUCAAAGCCUCUCAACUUCCCGUUUGUGAUCAUGCUUGACCACAUCUGGUAGCUUCUCUGUGCAAAUAAGGGGAAAAAAAGUUUGUUUGAGAGCACUCAUUGGAUUGGCCAACACAGUGCAAUAGGAGGUCAGUUUUGAUCUGAACGUUUGCAGAUUCCAAGAUUGGUUCAAACAAUUGUGCAAGUUGCUUGGAGGUGGAGCCACUUUGCCAAUGUCUGGAGGAAGACACAUCUGGUCAUAAACAACCCAGGAACCACCAAGACACAGGCCUGACAGGAACUUAAAGCUACUGGAGCACCAGGGUUACUGUUUACAGUCAAACAAAUUUUGACUGAACUGAAAGGAUGCCAUCCAUGAAAGAAGUGCCUGCUCCAAAAUCUUCACCUUGAGGCUUGACUAAAGCUUUAAGCUGACCACAUGGACAACAAAAAAGCUAUCUGGAGGGAAGUUCUGACCAGAGAUGUGUUUGAAGGAGUGAAGGUUUUUAAAAGCCCUUCUACAAACGUAAAAGACUGGAUAACCAUCACCUGCCAGAGCCCUGAGUGGGCUGCUGAGAACACCAGAUUGGACUAUUGGAUUACCUGCCAGCAUUUGUCCUUUUUCAACACAUUUUCCCCACCCCUAUUCUUUUUGUUAGACACAUUUCAGUUCCUAUUUUCACCCUAGUUUGGCAGCAAGGCUGCUCCCCUACAUCCAGAUGAAUGAAGACCCCAUUCGGGAAGAACGCAGGUCAGAGAUCCAGAGCUGAUGCAGGACAUUCCGGUGUCUCUGCAAAUAUGAUGAAGAAAAAGAAUUCCCACAAAAAACAUAAAACCAGCAUGGGGCCCACCAAAGUGUCCCAGCCCAGGCGAAACAUUGUGGGUUGCCGCAUACAGCACAUCUGGAAGGAGGGCAGUGGAGCCGCGUCCCAGUGGAAGGGCACCGUGUUAGACCAAGUCCCGGUCAACCCAUCACUCUAUCUAAUCAAGUACGAUGGGUUCGAUUGCGUAUAUGGCCUGGAGCUGCACAAGGAUGAGCGAGUGCAGGGGCUGGAAGUCCUGCCGGACCGUGUAGCUUCGACGCGCAUCAGUGACGCACAUCUGGCUGACACGAUGAUCGGCAAGGCAGUGGAGCAUAUGUUCGAGACGGAGGAAGGCUCAAAAGAUGAGUGGCGGGGUAUGGUGUUGGCGCGUGCCCCCAUUAUGAACACAUGGUUUUAUAUCACUUACGAAAAGGACCCAGUCCUCUACAUGUAUCAGCUACUCGACGACUACAAGGACGGAGACCUAAGGAUCAUGCCAGAUUCGAACGACUCUCCCCCCGCGGAGCGCGAGCCCGGAGAGGUGGUGGACAGCCUGGUGGGCAAGCAAGUGGAGUACGCCAAGGAGGACGGCUCUAAACGGACUGGCAUGGUCAUACACCAGGUGGAGGCCAAGCCCUCCGUCUAUUUCAUCAAAUUCGAUGACGACUUUCACAUUUACGUGUACGACUUGGUGAAAACGUCAUAGGCGGAUGAAAGGAAAAAGGUCCAGGUGGCCCCGGGAGGAGAUUUGACUUCGGUUGCGAUCCACAAACUCUGCCAAAAGUUCUCACGGAACGUUUCUUUGCACCAUCUUAAAGGAGAUGCGCCGACGGAUGACGGAUAUUUCACUGGAGCCUUGGAUUGCCACUAGUUAAGUGUCUUUUUCUCGUUUUCCACAUGAAGGGAUGGGUGUUGUUUUGACAUGAUAUUCCCUAAACAAAAGUAGCUACAUGUUCAUAUGGUCUUUUAUUGUUAUUAUUAUUAUUUUUUAUAAGUGUUGUUCAUUCCUGUUGAAUAACGGGCGUACAUCAUUUCCACUCGAGAACGGGAGACUGGGAGGUCGGCCUCCAGUUCUUCCUUUUUGAAUCGGGCACUUUGACGACUGAGAGGCUCCUUCACCCGCAGAAAAAGUUUCAAUCGCUUUGAUGCAGUUUACCCAGACCGCUCGCACGGCGACGGAAAUCUCAGUUAAUCUGAAAUAAAUCUUACCUACUACAAAUUUUACUCAUCUGUUUGAUAGAUGACACACAUUUGUAGUUUGCUCACCAGCUUCUUUCAUACUGCAUUGUUUGUAUUUGAUUCCACAUUAUUUCCUGAUCUCUCAGUAAUCGUAAGCACUAAUUAUUAUUAUUGUUUUUUGGGGGGGUUUUUGCGUCAACAACAUAUUGGAGCACUUGAAGAUCUCUUUUUUUGUUGUUUUUGUUUUUUCUUUGAGAGAUGCAUGAUUUAUCAACAUUCAGCCACUUCAUCAAGUCUGAAAGCCAUUUGUGAGAUUUUUUUUCUUUCUUUCCUAUAUUGUUCUUGUGAUGUUCAGCUAUGGCUCUUGAUGCCUUCGUAAUUGUUUUUAAACGUCUGCAGUUUGUAUUCUGUGAUAUUCGUAGAUGGCUUAUAAUUGUCUUAAUUCAGUCGCGCAGUAUUUUAUUUUAAUUUUUUUCCUUCACUAAAACACCUUAAGGACAUCAUUUCAUUUGUAUUCAAUUAAACACUUGAGAAACAUUGCCCAGAUAUUCCAAGACUAUGAAGUCGAGACUAACAAUAGUAAGAAAACUGCAAUAAUAAUGAUAAUAAUAAUAUAAGUAUUCAGGUAGUGCAUUGCAACCCAUUCUAAUCGUAUAUGAUAAGGACAUAGCGUCUUACACAGUUAGCCUUUUGAGAUUUUUCUUUUUUGUUUUUUACCGUUGAAAUGUAUGUGCCUCGCUGUAAAUGUUCGUCUGCUUUUCAUAUUCUUCUUUCUUCUUUUUGUACGUUCUUAAUAGAGCUGUAUGCCGGAUGACCUGAGGGAUUUUCUUUCUUCAGGAAUGUUCAAAUGUUUAAGUAACAUAUACACUCACAGCCACAUGUGUUAGUCAUUACCUCAUGCCUUUUUUCUUCCUCUUUUUUUUUUUUUUUCCUCAUGAGUGUUUGUUCUAGACCUAUACCCUCUAUCUAUACCUGUUGUUGUUUUUUUAAGCAGUGUUCACUUGCAGUCUGAAAAAGAAAGCAUAACUGUAUCUGGGGCAGGAAAAAAAAAACUAGAAGGAAACGCACAAGAAACAAAAGAAAGUGAAAAACACAACGGCUUUAUUUCAGUGGAAAUGAUGUCACAGCUGUUUAACCGUACGACCUUAACGCUUAGCUUACCAAAAAAAAAAAAAAAAAAACACACCACACAACCCACAAGGAAGGAAAAAAAAAAAAGAACUGCUGUCCAUUAAAAUCAUUGUGAUUCAUAAACAGUCAUGGAGACUGUAAGCAAAUCAUAUGCACCUUCAGUAACCAUUGCAGCUUUGCGUACACGUCAGACUCGUUUCAGCAGUGGCAUAUGCAAACGGACACUCAGAUUGGACGGUUCGGCCUUUUUCUUUACACUUACCUACUGUAGUAUUGUACCGUGUUUGAUGUCCGGUCAACGUGGGAAAUUCAAACAGGAAAAAAAAAAAAGGAAAAAAAAAGAUAUGAAUGCUAGGCCAUUCUUUUUUGCAUGAUAUGAGUAGAGUUGUAAGUGUACGUCAGUGUGAUGCAUGUGUACCCGUCUUUUUCUUUCAGUUCCUCGUUUCCUAAAAGGAAAACUUAUUGUGUUGAACAAUUGUGAGAUUCCUGUUUUUCUUUUUUUUUUUUGUUUAGUUUUUUUUUUUUUUUUUUUUUUUAAUUCUUGCCCAUUUCGGAAAUGAAAGUGUUUUCUUUUUUUACUGCGCUCUAUCAGAUCAAAUGCACUGGUGUUUUAUGUGGAGUGCCAACUGAAGGCCAAGGUACCAGUGUUACACAGCAUUUGAGGGAUCAUACUGUAUCUACUCCACACUCUACACGUCCACUCCCGUAGUAGUAUGAAAAUAAUCGAGAUUGCUUAAUGCAAGUUUUCGCAAGAAUCCUAUGUAGGAGUUUUUUUUUUUUGUGUGUGUGUGUGUGUGUGUGUGUGAGAGAGAGAGAGAGAGAGAGAGAGGAAGGGAUUUCAUACUAAUAUACAUAUCGAAUUAAACUUUGUAUGUUUGGAAGUAAGAGAAAGGGAAAGUUUUUUGUUUGUUUUUGUUUGUGUUUUAUUCCUACUUAGUAUAGACAAUGAGAGAACAAUACAAAAUCAUCAAUAUGGUCCCUUUGAGAUGCUGAUACUCUUUGAUUACUUGGUUUAAAAAAAGAAAAAGAAAAAAAAAAAGAAAAAAGUGCAAUUUGAUGAGUGUCACAGAUACAUGUAUAGAUUUCAUGUUCUUCACGUAUAUGGCUUCUAUUGGACGGCAUUUUCUUUUUUUAAAAAAAACAAACAUUGUAGAUAGUUCAUUUUAUUUGCAUUUAGAAGUAUAAACACAUUUUAAAACCUGUUACUUAAUUCUGUAAGUAAUUUUUAUAAUUAUUAUGUCUAUCCUUAUAAGAUAAAAAAUAAAACUUCAUGUGAAAUUCAA